AUGGCUGACGAGUAUGCAGACUUGAAGCAGAUGUUGCAGCAGCAGCUGAAGCUGAUGGAGGCUCUGACCGUCAAGCUUUCCAAUUCAUCCAUGGGCCAAUCAAGCGCGGCUGGUGGUUCACAAUCUGUUGAUCACAUUGCCGGCAGCAUCACUGAAUUCCUGUAUGACCCGCAGGCCCAUAUCACCUUUGAGUCCUGGUACAAGCGAUACGAGGACUUGUUCUCUGUGGAUCUGGCUGUCCAGGACGAUGCAUGGAAGUUUCGAUUCCUACUUCGCAAACUGGGUCCGGCUGAACACGAGCGUUAUGCAAACUUCAUCCUCCCCAAGAAUCCCCGAGAGGUCGCUUUCAAGGACACGGUUGAGACGUUGUCGCAGAUUUUUGGUGAUCAAUCUUCCCUUUUCACCACUCGAUUUCAGUGCCUGCAGCUGUGCAAACGCGAUUCCGAUGAUUUUAUCACGUAUGCGGGCAUUGUCAAUCGUGAGUGUGGGCGUUUUCAACUCGGUUCUCUUACUGAAGACCAGUUUAAAUGCCUUAUAUUUAUCUGCGGCCUCCAGUCCCCCAAGGAUGCUAAUAUCCGGACACGUCUCCUGUCCAAAGUGCAGCAGAACAACUCCACCGCACUCCAAGAGCUGGCAGCAGAGUGCGAAACGCUGAUCAAUCUCAAGCACGACUCUGCAAUGAUUCAGAACCCGGCCUCAUCUUUCUCAGUCCAUACGGUCACAUCGACCAAAUCGCAUCCUGUUACACGGCCCAAGCAAGUGUCCAAAUCGAGAUCUCCGCCAUCUCCUUGUCGGCACUGUGGCGCGUGGCAUUUCCACCGGGAUUGCACUUUCCGCCAGCAUCGCUGCCAAAGCUGUAAUCAGGUGGGACGCCGUGAUGGGUUCUGCAAAUCAGUACCAGCUUCUGGAGGCAAGCCAGCCCCCGCCACUCCUUAUUCCAGGCACAGUUUCCGGCCAAAACGCAAGCCCGAACCCCAGUCCGUUGGUAAUUCUCUGAGUCUCUUGGCCGCUUUCCAGCUCAAUGCGUCUGGUCGUAGAAAACUUGUUGAUGUCUUGCUCAAUGGCCAUGCAGUUCGUCUACAGUUGGACACUGCCUCAGAUAUCACCAUCAUCUCUGAGAGACUCUGGCAGUCCCUUGGCAGCCCCACGAUCCAGCAGACUUCCCAGUCCGCCACAAGCGCGUGCGGUGGUCUCGUACAGCUAAUUGGGCAGCUGCAAUGCUGUGUGUCGUUCCGCGGUACCAGCAUCACUGCGAUCUGCUACAUCACCAAGUCUGAUCUAAACCUACUUAAUCUCGACUGGAUUGAACAACUUGGGUUGGCCGAUAUGCCGCUCCGCGUUGUUUGCAGUCAGGUGCAGAUUCCCGCUGUGCUUUCAGACCAAACCAAGGACAUUCUCCAACGCUUUGCUCCAGUGUUCCAAGACGGCCUGGGUCGUUGCACAUACACUCAAGCCGUGCUACAUCUGUCUCCUGGAAGUCAACCAGUCUUCCGUCCAAAGCGACCAGUCCCAUAUGCAGCCCUACCACUUGUCGAGGCUGAACUGAAGCGUCUAGAGGAAUUGGGAGUUCUGAUUCCUGUAUCCUACUCCGCCUGGGCCGCUCCAAUCGUUGUGGUUAAGAAGCCCAAUGGUUCGGUCCGCAUUUGUGCUGACUUCUCCACCGGUCUCAAUGCCGCGCUGACGCCGAACUGCUAUCCAUUACCGGUUCCGGCUGAUCUUUUCAUCCUGCUGAAUGGGGACACUUGCUUUGCCAAGUUGGAUCUUGCUGAUGCGUAUCUGCAGAUCGAGGUCGCCCCAGAGUCGCGCGAAUUGUUGACCAUCAAUACCCACCGCGGUCUGUUCCAAUACACCAGGCUGCCUUUUGGUGUCAAGACCGCCCCGGCCCUAUUUCAACAAACGAUGAACGCAAUGCUCUCCGGCAUCCCUGGCACAGCUGGGUACCUGGACGACAUCAUCAUCGUGGGUCGCUCCCCUGCCGAGCUGCAAGACCGAGUGUGCGCAGUACUCGAACGCGUGCAGGAAUAUGGCUUUCGCCUACCAGCCGACAAGUGUCAAUUCUUCCUCGACUCCAUCUAG